ACGGAAAGAAAGAAAAGCCGACCACUCAUCAAGUGAAGAAGUAGGAAGUGCUUGAUUCAGUUCUCUGACGUCAAGCAGACUGGAGUUCUUUUUAAUUAUUUUUAGAUUUGGGAGAGGUUUACAUGGUGUUUAAUUUUCGGUCGGAAUAAUGUGGCGGGAAAGAUGGGAGCGAUCUGUACACAGACUAGUGCGGCUGUGGCACAAUCCCUACCUGAGCAUGUGAAAAUUGUAGAAGUUGGACCCAGAGAUGGACUGCAGAAUGAGAAGGUCAUUGUUCCGGCUGAUGUGAAAAUUCAGUUAAUCAACCUUCUCUCGGAGACUGGGUUGCCUGUUGUGGAAGCAACAAGCUUUGUCUCUCCAAAAUGGGUCCCUCAGAUGGCUGACCAGAAGGAAGUGAUGCAAGGAAUCCGAAAAUAUCCAAACGUGAGCUACCCAGUGCUGACUCCAAACCUGAAAGGGUUUGAGACUGCGCUCAAAGCAGGUGCAAGAGAGGUAGCCAUCUUCGGCGCUGCCUCAGAAAUAUUCAGCAAAAGAAACAUUAACUGUUCUAUUGAUGAGAGUCUACAGCGAUUUGAAGAGGUGAUGAAAGCAGCAAAGGAUUUGAGCAUUCCAGUUCGAGGGUAUGUGUCCUGUGUACUUGGCUGCCCUUAUGAAGGGAAUGUUUCCCCUAUUAAAGUUGCAGAGGUGGCUAAGAAGCUCUAUUCCAUGGGUUGUUAUGAGAUAUCCCUGGGGGAUACCAUCGGUGUAGGAACGCCGGGCAGCAUGCAAGAAAUGCUGACAGCUGUAAUCAAGGAGGUUCCAGUCAAUGCACUAGCCGUACACUGUCAUGAUACGUAUGGCCAGGCUCUUGCAAACAUCUUUGCAGCAUUACAGAUGGGAAUCUGUACAGUGGACUCCUCAGUGGCUGGCUUGGGUGGCUGUCCUUACGCACAAGGUGCAUCUGGAAAUGUGGCAACUGAGGACGUAGUCUACAUGUUGAAUGGACUGGGAAUUCACACAGGAGUGGAUCUGCAGAAGGUACUGGAGGCCGGUUCAUACAUCUGCAAAGUCCUGAAGAGGAAAAGCAGCUCCAAGGUUGCUCAGGCAUCUUGCAAAUUGUAAUAAUCAGUAAACUACUAUAUACAGACUGAAUGAAGUACUGUAAAAAUUCUCCAGCCUACAACUUCCACCUUACCCAACAUUUAAGAUGAAUUAUUGACAGUUUAUCUUAUUUUGCUCUUCUGUUCUAAGUUUGAAUCACAUUCAGAUGAGAAUGCAUAAUACAAAAGCAAAUAUUGCAGAUGCUGGAAAUCUGAAAUAAAAAUGGAAAAUGCUAGAAAUACUCAGCAGGCUUGGCAGCAUCAAUCUGAAGAGAAAUACAGUUUACCUGUCAGGUCAGAUAAUGCAUAAACCAUUUUCCAGAAAUUAUCAGUUAAUUAGCAGAGCAAUUAGGAGUUUAGGUUGUCUUCCCAUUCCACCUGAAGAAAAAGAAGUGAACUGUUUUGUUAGGGAGCAGAAAUAGAUGUACAGUCUUUGGAAGAUUAUUUAUUUGAUGUUCAUGUUUUCGCUUUUCAGUGAAUACAAUCUGGUCCUUUUUCCUUGUUGUAAUUUUGGUGUAUAAUACUGGGCUAGAUUCUCAAGUAUUUGUUCCCUUUAAAGAGAAAGUAACUAGCUGCAGGCAUUACCUAUCUAUUGCAGGUGCUUUCUCUCAGAUAUGCCCCUUGUGGUUACCUAGUACUUUUCCUUCCAUAUUGCAAGUCUCACUGCAUCAUUUCAUCUGCUGCAGUUAAUGUCAACAACCUCCAGGGCUUCCACAAAGGCUCUCAUGAGCUAACAUUUUAUAUCAAGCCUGUAAAGUUAAGAAAAUCUUCACAGUAUACGAUGGAUGUAAGAUUCUGAAGGUAUAGGCAUGUUUAGGGGGAGAUGGUGGCGAAGUGAAUAUGUCACUGGUCUAGUAUUCCAGUAGACCCAGUUUAAUGCUCUGGGGCCAUGGGUUCAGAUCCCACCAUGGCAGCUGGUGGAAUUUAAAUUCAAUUAGCUAAAUCUGGAGUUGAAAGCUCGUCUCAGAAAUGGUGGACAUGAAACUAUCAUCAGUUGUUGUAAAAAUCCAUCUAGUUCCCUAAUGUUUUUUAAGGAAGAAUUCUGCCAUCCUUACCAAGUCUGACCUACAUGUGACUCCAAACCCACAGCAAUGUGGUUGCCUCUUAACUGCCCUCUGAAAUGGCAUAAUAAGCCACUCAGUUCAAGGGCAAUUAGGGAUGGGCAACAAAUACUGGUCUUGCCAAUGAUGCCCACGUUCCAUCAAAGAACUUUUAAAAAUCCAGAGUGCGGUUCCCAUUAAUUUUCACUUUAUCUUGAUCCAGAAGUAAAAUUCUCAACAAAGUAUUUUCAGAGUUGGCUCUAGUAUUUUUUUCUCUAUAAUUAUAUAUGGAUGAGAGAACUAAAGAAAAUCUAUGCACAUAUACUAUAAAUUUAUAUUUGGUUUCAAAUGUUAAUGCAUUAGUUAAUUUAACUAGUUGGCCAUUUAAAAUAUUUUAUCAAAUUACAGAAAAUAUGAAUAGGAUUUUAAAAAAUAUGUAUUAAUGGAACUCUGAUGGAAAAUUGUCAGAUAGCCUGUUGUGAUUUAUACAGAAUCUGUUGUUCUUCCGCAGCCUGAAGUGGAAAUUAAACUCAGUAACCCUAAUUCACAUCAUUUGAUUCUAUCACAGGAACCUGCUGUCUUAUGACACUUACUGAGACAAGCAAAAACUUGUCACAAUGUUAUCACAUUUUUCAAUUUCGAUAGACUAUUUUCCAGUUUUAUAGGUGCUUCAUUUUCCUUGAUCUGUUACAAGCCAUGGUAGUGUAUACUCUCUGCCUUAAAACAUCAUGAACAUCCCUGUAUUUUCUAACUGUGAUAUGCAGUUAUCACAAUCAUUUGCUGUAAAUAAAAUGUAUGAUUUUACACCUA